AGGUAUGGAUUCCAACAUCACACUCUGGCAGUUUCUUCUGGAGUUAUUACUGAGUGGCCAGCACAACGACAUAAUUCAGUGGACUGGGAAUGAAGGAGAAUUUAAACUGCUUAAUGCUGAAGAAGUGGCCAAAUUGUGGGGCCUCCGCAAAAACAAGCAGAACAUGAAUUACGACAAACUAAGCCGUGCUCUCCGAUACUACUACGACAAGAACAUCAUCAAGAAGGUGAUGGGACAGAAAUUUGUGUAUAAAUUUGUAUCGUUUCCCGAGACGAUAAAAACAGAGAACAAAAUUCCUUUCAAAGUGAAGAUGGAGAGCUUGGCAACAGAAGGAUUUCGAUCCCUUCCAGGUUUCAUGACAUUCCGUCCAUAUGAUAUUAAACAGAAUCUUACAAAGCAACAGCCACAGAUCCCAACACCUGUGUCACAAUGGCAGACAUCGCCCUCACCGAUUGUGUCGCAACCAGCUACGUACAUGCACGUGCCAACGCCAGUGCGCAACUUCAGCACGGCCAACAAUGAGAUUAAGUUCACCGAAGUGAAGUUCACUCCCAACAUGGAGAUGAAGUAUCUUCCACAGCAACCACAGUACAGGAGCAGCCCUCAGCCUGUGGCCCAGCCGCAGCGUUCCUUGAACACAACUCCACAGCCUGCACAACAGAUGGCGCCUCCAUCCAACACUCCAUCGCCAAAGCCACCAUCUGCUGCGCCUUCACCAGCACGUGCUGUUCCGUCACCAGCACGUAAUUCGCCAUCUCCUGCGCGGAUGCCAGUGCAGUCCAUAGCAGCCUCUCAGCCUGUGGCGCCCUCUCCUCUACUGUCAUCUCAGCCGCAGUGUGCUAAAACGAGUCAGAGCAACGCUUCAACAUCAGUUAAUCGCCCCAAGCCACAGCCAAUCGAAAUCCCCAAAACAAGCAUUCCCAGCUUCCCAAUGUACAGCCCACGCCACCCUCUGCAGAGUUUAACAACUCCACUCCUAUUGGCUAGUCCUCUACAGAGAACUCCAUAUGGACCAAUCACCUUCUGGAGCUCACUGAGUCCAGUGACAUCAACACUGAGCCCCAGAUUUAAUUCUCCGACUCAGUUCAACUUCCCUGGAUUUGUCAACGGACAUGUGGCGCUGUCUCCAGUAGUGACUGGCCAGCCAUUUACAUCAGCAUUUGAAAACUUGGGAUCACCGUUGUUUGUGUCGUCUCCAAUGCCUGUCAGUUGACGCCAGGCUUCGCAUUCAAACUUGCACUCCACUGCUAGCUUGAAUGCCCUUGGACUUGACUAUGGUAGUCAAAGACUUGAGACUCCCAACCAAAUUUUUGUGAAUUCCUCUCAUCAGGGUGCUGAGAGUCACCAAUUUAGACGACAGAGCUACAGUCGGUAGCAGUAACACGACAGUUGUUAUGCACUUUGUUGAAACCAAAUAUGUAUAGGACAUGUUAACUGCAGUAAUGUUUUUCUUUUUAGUCUUGGUGUUUUUUUGUAUUGUUAGAUGAGCAAGUUUCAUGUGCUAAAUGUCAAAACUUAUCCUUUAACUAAUUUUGAAACUUGUAUUGUUUCUCUCAUUGUACAAGAGACCUGACGCUUUUAAACUCUACACUUGUAUGGAUGCCUUUUAGUGCUUCAUUUUGCUUAAGAUUUUUUGUAUGUUUGGAAGAUUACAGAGCUUAGCUUCUUAAAUUGUCCAGGGGUGAAUUUUGCUUUUGGACAUUUGCCUACAAUUUUUUGAUGGUAGUUUGGGUAAUAAAAGUCAGUUUUAUAGAAAGUUAAACUCUUUUUUUUUUAAGGGAACAUUCUUCAUUUUAAAAACAUGCUGAGAAUUGCUUAGCUUCCAGCUGUUGAAUUUGACUGCAUUUUUGCAUAUUUUAAAUUUUUUUCAAAAUUUUAUUUCUGACAAUAAUGAGAGGUCUUAAGAUCUUUUAUUGCUUGGCUGUACCCCUCAUUGCAUUUUGACAAUUAGUAUGCAAUUUAUAUAGCAUUUAUUUCUCAAAAGGGACCUGAUAAGGCAUAGAUUAGACCAGUCCAGUGUUUCAGACUGGAGGCAAAGAUAGCAUAUUUUGGUCACCACAAGAAAUGAUAAUUUCCAUUUGAUUGUUGUACUUAAAAGCAUUUGUAUUCAGAUAAAUGCAAAUGGUCAUUAUUUGAUAGAGUUUUGUAUGAUCAUUGUACAUAUAUGUAGACUAAGGGGAAAUAUCAGAUUUCUAUUUUUGUACUAAAAUGGCCAGUUGUGUAAUUAAAUGGCUUUUAAGCUUAGAUUAAGGAUAUUUCAAAUAUGAUUCAAUGGUGCUGAGAACUGUAUCUACUGGAUGAGCGAGACAGAUCAACAAGAAACAUGUAAAUACCAGUAGGCUCUGUACUGUGGAUCUCACAGCAGGUCACAAGACACUGAUGCUCUUUUUAAAAUUUUGACCAUUGUCCUUAAAAAAACAUCACAUAAUUGUGAGCUUUUUGGCAAAAUUCCAGAAUUUUAUUUCACUCAAUUCAUGUUAAUUAUCAAUUUUAAAGUAAUUUGUUUAUUCAUGGUUUAUUUUCUGUACUCCAGUCAUGUUGUUUAGUUAUAAGGACCUUGCUAUGGCAAGGGUCGGAUGUACUGUUAUCUUCCCGUAUUGUGAAGAUUGUACAUAUGUACAUGUAUAUUUAUUUAUUAAGACCAAAUUUGUGAAAUAUAUUUCAUCAUUUUUUUACCAAAUAAAAAAUAUAUAAACAUAUAUA